AUGGAGGAUGACAUUAAAAAGGGUAAAGAUGCUCUUGAAAAAAUUUCCAAAGAUCGUGCUGAUUUGGAAAAUCGAAUACAAACAAUUAAUAACGAAUUACAACACAAAUUAUUUAAAAAACGAGAGCAAUUGAAUGCUGUAAUUGAAUCAUUUGAUGCUGGUGAAAAAUUAAAUCGUUUGGAUGCACAACAAUCAGAAAUUAGACUUAUUAAUGUAAGAGUGAACAAGUUAUUGGAAUUUGUUGGAGGAUUAGAUAAGAAUAUUGAGGAAUAUAGCAUAAAGAAAGCAGCAUUGACUGGUGCAUUAGAAGAAUUACAAGAUGAGCAAAAGAAAGCGGAAAAGUCAUUGGAAGAUUUUGCUAAAAAUGCUGAAAUUUUUUGUACAAAAAUAGCCAAUCUUCAAUCUAAAAGGGAAGAAUAUUCUAGAAAGAUAAAAGAAAUUGGUCCAUUACCAGCAGAUGCCCAUGGAACUUAUGAUAAACUACCAUUAAAACAGUUGGAUAAAAGAUUAACUGAAGCAAUGAAUCAUUUAAAAAAAUAUGAAAAUGUUAAUAAAAAGGCUUGUGAACAAUUUAUUCAGGCAGCCUCACAAAAAGAUGAUUUGGCUAAAAGAGUGAAUGAAUUACAGAAAAAUGAACAGGCAAUAAAAGACUUGUUAACAGUAUUGGAAAAUCGACGUUAUGAAACUCUUCAUUUAACAUUUAAACAAGUGGCAAAAUAUUUUUCUGAAGUGUUUCGUAAACUUAUACCUAAUGGAUCUGCUAAUUUGGUAAUGCAAACAUUGGAAAAAAGUUUAAGUACACGUUCUACAACAACAUUAUCUCAUAGUACAACAUUGCAAAGUGGUGCUGAAACUGAAACUACAAUUGGUGAACAACCAUCUAUGCCCGAGCGUGUUUUGCAUGAUUUGGAAACUUUUGUUGGGACAAGUAUUAAGGUUUCAUUCACUGGUGGUACAGAAACUAGAGACAUUACUUCACUUUCUGGAGGUCAAAAAACUUUGGUUGCUUUAGCCUUAAUUUUUGCUAUUCAAAAAUGUGAUCCAGCACCUUUUUAUUUGUUUGAUGAAAUAGAUGCUGCUUUGGAUCAAGAACAUAGAAGGGCGAUUGCUGAAAUGAUACAUGAUCUUUCCCAAACUGCACAAUUUAUCACGGUAUUUAAAUUAAAAAAAUUUUUUUCCUACCCAAAUAUUUUUCUUUUAAAAAAGACAACAUUCCGUGCUGAAUUGUUAGAACAUGCCGAAAAAUUUUAUGGUGUUCGUGUACGUGAUAAGGUGUCUUAUAUUGAUGAGGUGAAGUUUUUUUAG